GGCUGCACGCAUGCGUAGUGUAUGGCUGAUUUCGUUUAACAUCUACGUUUUAUUUCAAAGAAUAUGUGAAUGCUCAAGAUAUAUAGAGUUCUGACAUUGAUCCAGAGUAGAGCUAACUACAAAAGUUAUGUCAAGUUUUCUGGCAGCGUAUUUUAUGAGACGUGAUUAUUACCUGAACGUACACACGAAGGAAAGUCAGUGGGAAAGACCGACUGCGGAGGCAAAAAGAAGUAUGGCUCAAGUACAGUGUUCUCAUCUCCUUGUAAAACAUCGUGAUUCACGUAGACCAGCAUCUUGGCGUGAGGAUAAUAUCACAAGAUCUAAGGAAGAAGCUAUCGAGAUUCUGAAUGGUUAUAAUCAGCAAAUUAAAACUGGAGAGAAAACGUUCGAGGAGUUAGCCUCUGAGUUCAGUGACUGUAGCUCGGCUAAACGAGGCGGGGACCUUGGACCCUUUGGUCGUGGUCAGAUGCAGAAACCGUUUGAAGAGGCGAGUUUUAACUUGAAGGUGGGAGAAAUGAGUGGUAUAGUGGAGACAGAUUCAGGUGUUCAUAUUAUAAAGCGAACUAAAUAACAGUGUGUUACUUUAGUAGAUACAAGAAACGCUUCCGUCAUAGGGAUAUAAUGCCUACAUUUACAGAGAUUUGGGGUUUUAUUUGUCAGACAGGGGAUAUUGAUCCACUGUUGUCAGAUAUUUUUUAGUAAUGUUUGUAAUGCCGGUAAUGUUAUUGGUUUCUUCAUUACAUAUAGAAGGGUUUAAUUUUUUGUUGCCAUAAUGUUAAAAUUCAGUGUUCUUUGUAGAAUGUUAAUUACACACAUACAUUCUUAAUUCAAUAUUAAAGUAGUUGUUUUACUUUUUGCAUUUUUUCCUUAGAACACAAUGUGUAGUAUUAAAGGUUAAAAGAAUAGUGUUACGAUUUGAGAGGCUUACAGGUGUUUCUGCAAGAAAUAUUUUGAAACCUCAUGAAUUAUUGUCAGUAUGAAGUGCUAUACAUGUUUUUUUUGUUAUUAUAGAGCAGUGCCCUAACAAAAACAUGGCUCGUGCAAGUGUUUAUUUUUGUCAUUUUUUCCAUUUUAUUUCUUUUUGUCACAUUUGUAAUUUGUAGAAGUAAAGUAUGGUUUUAAGUC